UUUAUAAUCUUGUGGUGGUGGCUUAGAGCUUUAGCCAAAACACCAAACAGAGUCUAGAAAAGAUUAGAAGACGAAGCUUACCAAAAACUCGAAUCCCUAGCCUUUUACUCCUCAAUCUCGUUUCUCUUCCAUGGAUCCACUCUAUUUGUUCCGCAAAGAUUUUUGGGUUAAAAAAAGCAGUAAUUUUUGAAGUCUUCCUUGUCCCCAAGUCUCUACAUAGCGAUUUUUAUUUCCAUUUUGUUGAAGAUAUGAGCUUAACCAAGAAAUCACCAACCCAGUCAAGUGAUCCAAAGCUAAGCUCAAGUAUCAAACCAACAACUUUGAACCCUCAUGCUGCUGAGUUUGUUCCAUUUACUCUACGGACUCCUUCAUCUGGAGGUGCUACUACAAGCAAUUUGGAUGUGACAUCAAAGCUUUUAGCUUCCUCUAGCUCUGUAGGGAAAGCUGUCUUGGACCGAUCGGAAUCGUCUGCAUCACAUCAUUCAGAUGAAGAAGCACGCCAGUUCUGGAGUCACCAGCUUCCUGAUGAUAUAACCCCAGAUUUCAAGUUGAUGACUCAAGAUGACAAUUCGUAUGGAUCUGGGAGUUUGUCACUAGCUAGCUUGUCCUUGUAUGACAUUAACGAAGCUGAAAAGUUUCCUUCAGCUAGUGGAGGAGGAGGAGGUGGAGGAGGAUAUCCGUUUUCAGACCAACAUGGUUUAGCUUCACGUUCACGUAUUGCCAAUGGUAAUAGCUUGUCCGAAAAGAUUAGAUAUCCUGUUUCCUCAUUCGGGGAACCGAAUUUCAUGCAUGUAAGUCCAAAGCCUUGGGAUAAGCAGAUUAUGAAUGCCGAUCAGCUCCUUGGAAAUGAAAGGGAAAAAAACCCUUUCAGUGGGAAUCCUCGACAUGGGUUCAUUAACGACAUGAUUACCGAGAAUUCAAAUGUAGGGGAAAUUGAGGUGAACCCUGUGGAGUUUCUUGCUUCUCAGUUCCCUGGAUUUGCUUCAGAGAGUCUGGCAGAAGUUUAUUUUGCUAAUGGGUGUGAUUUGCACUUGACAGUUGAGAUGCUUACUCAGCUUGAGCUACAAGUGGAUGGUGGCUUGAAUCAGAACGUAAGCCCUAAGGCUUUUGCUGCUCCUAAUUUAACUCCAAUGGAUUUUCCUGCCCUUAGCAUCUCCAAUAGCCAAGGUAAUCCUGCCCAGUUUGGUGGGGAUGAUUUGCAACAAACUGGAAAUCAUUACCAAUCUGCUGUAAAGGAUAACAUGUUUUUCUUCAAGUCGGGCUCAUCAGUUUCUCAGCCUGGCUCAAUCGAUUAUGUUUCUGCUGUGAGGAAGUUAGCAUCCCAGGAUUCUGGUAUUUGGAAAUAUGAACCAAAAGAUUCAGCAGACUCAUCUAUUGGCUCAAGCAGAAAUUCCCAUGCUUCAGUUGGUGCUUACAAGAGUGCGCGUGGGAGGAAUAUUUAUUCUGAUAAGCUGCAAAAUCGACCUGCACCUGUCUGGGUAGAGACCGGAGAUGCAGUUGGGAAUAUGUAUUCUGACUUACGCGAGGAAGCACGUGACUAUGCACGUCUGCGGAAUGUAUACCUUGAGCAGGCACGGCAAGCAUACCUUGUUGGCAAUAAGGCCUUAGCUAAAGAGCUAAGUGUCAAGGGACAGUUGCAUAACAUGCAGAUGAAGGCUGCUCAUGGGAAAGCUCAAGACGCCAUUUACCGUCAAAGGAACCCGAUUGGUCAAGGGAACAGUAGAGGGAAUGAGAGAAUGAUAGACUUGCAUGGGUUACAUGUGAGUGAAGCACUUCAGGUACUGAAGCACGAACUGAGCGUGAUGAGGAGCACAGCUCGAGCAACACAAGAGAGGCUUCAGGUUUUCAUAUGUGUAGGGACUGGCCACCACACAAGGGGUUCCCGCACACCGGCUAGACUCCCAAUUGCUGUACAGCGCUACCUACUCGAAGAAGAAGGCCUUGACUUUUCCGAGCCUCAGGCCGGUCUCCUUACAGUCAUCAUAUACUGACAGACAAAAGCCAGGUACUUACAUAGGAAGUGAACGAUACACCACGAGAAAGAAAAACCAAAAAAAAAAGAAGAAAAAGGAUCGACCACGGAAUUCAUUUUGUUGUAUCUGUUCUGUACAUGGGAAGAGAGAGUAGCUGAAAAUGAAGUACAAAAAAAGGUGUUAGGAGAGAGAUGAAGGCAAGAAGGAAGGAAUGAAGAAGGCGUAAUGCAUAAAAUGUUUAGGUUUGUUCAGAAAAUACUUUUUGUAGCAUCAGAGGAUCAAUCAGACCUCGACCUCUUUCUGUUAUCUUUUUGUGGGGGGCUUUAUAUGAUGUUUUGUUUGAUUCUCUAUGCUUUUUUACAGUUUCACUCUAUAUGCUAUAUACUCCUUU